AUGGAUUCUGAGAAUAUCCUACUAUAUGACGGCGCCACUGCAGCACCGGCCAAUGAGAGUAAACCAAAACGAGAAGCAUCUAUGAUACAGCGUAACAUUCGAGUAAAAAUUCUUCAGCAAGAAAAUCUCUUAACACGCUUCCGUUCGUUGUACCUCGGUGUCAUCGAAAGCGACACUUUUUUGUUGCGUCAACUUCCUGCGAAAUUGGAUUUGGUAGAGCGCCAAUAUAGUGCACUGGAGACAUUACAAACUCAAUUAGAGCAGCUGGAUGAAUCUCAACUAAACGAAGACCAUCGUGGGACUUUUGAAGAUACUAACAUCGAAGCAAAAACCGCAAUACUGGACCAAUUAGAAGAACUGCAAAGAGUUCAACCUCUUAGUCACAUGAGCAGCACACAAGUGGAUCGGCAAUCUACACAUCGCAUCAAUUUGCCAAAAUUGCAGUUAACGAAAUACAGCGGGGAGCAGUCGCAGUGGUUGGACUUCUACAAUGUCUUUACCACCCUUGUGCACAACAACAAAGACUUCACAAAAUUUCAGUACCUCAGGUCGUGUCCCACGGACGAAGCCUCGCGACUAAUAAAAUCACUCGAGGUGACAAGCAAAAACUAUAAUAUGGCGCUGGACCUCAUAAUCAGUCGUUUUAACAAUAGACGUUUAAUCAUCCAGUCACACAUGCAGCAAAUUUGUGAUCUCACGAAUUUGUCGUCAUCGAAUACAUAUUUGCUUCGCAACUUCAUCGACACAAUCAACGUCAACCUUCGGGCCAUGCUGUCACUAGCAACUUCGGAACAAAUCGGGUAA